AUGACUUCAACUUUAUUAUGUUCACGGGAAGAAGAAUUAUUGCUUCAGAAACAUGUUCAGAAGAGCGUAAGAAAAAGCGUCAACUUGGGGAAGUCUCCUGUGGUGAAUUUAAAUAAUUUAUCAAGGCGCAUUGCUUCGUUGUUUUCGCUCGUUGAAGAUGAUCAGAAGAAUGAAAAUUAG